AUCCCAGCGCAGGCGUCCCCGGGCGCGCGAAAUUUCCAAACCGGCGGCGCGGCGCGAGACCAGCGGCCACGGGGGGGAGGGGAUGGCCCAAGAUAAUGCUGUCCCUAAAUUGAGCUUUCAGUAUUGGCUGGAUAAGGCUGUUGAGUGGGGUCAAACCACCACUUUGGAAUCCCAGCAAGAUGUCUGCCUUCACUUGCCUAAAUUACAGGAGUUUCUACAGCAGAUUUAUGAAUCCUUGAAACAUAUGAAUUCCACUACUGCAAUUCAGAGGUUCCCUUUAAUUGGUCAAUUACUAGGAAGACUUUGUUGGAAUCCCUUUGUUGUAGGAUAUGAUGAGAGCCAGAAAACUCUAAUGUGGUGCUUAUGUUGUCUGUACAGCAAUGAACCACAGAACCCUGUGGAAUUGAAGGCUAACAGCUGGAUACUGAGUUUGCUGUGCCAUCUCCUUUCUUCUUCUUCUGAAUGGGGAGCUAACGAAGUUGGUACUGGUACCUUUAUUUCUGCUCUUGGCUACACGUCUGCAGAUUACUAUUCUAAACUGGUUAAAAAUAUAGUCUUAUCAUUAGUGACAGAACUCAAAGGAAAUCAGUUCAAUGGACUUAACGUUCAAGGGAGAGUUUCAGAUAAUCAUGUAAAUGUAGUGUCCCUUUUCUGCGUCCCUCUUAUCACUUUGCCUGAUGUAACUCCUCUACUGGAAGCGCUCCUUACCUAUCAUGGAGGUGGAUCGCAAGAGGUUCUCAGCUCAGAGUUUUUAGAAGCUGUGAAUGAGACAUUUUUAAAGAAGAAGAUUGCCCUCUCUGAAUCAGCUAUCCUAAGCUUGUGGCUUCGUCAUCUGCCUAGCCUUGAAAAAGCAACACUGCAUCUUUUUGGAAGGUUGAUUUCCACUCAAACAAGUUCACUGGAAGAGGUAGCGUGUAUCAUAAGAGAGUCAUUACUGCCACAAGCAGCAUGCCACCCUCCCAUCUUCAGAAUUGUUGAUGAAAUUUUCAAGAAUGCACUACUGGAAACCGGUGGAACGCCAGAAGUAAUGACCAUAAUACAGGUGUUUACACAGUGUUUUGUUCAAGCUCACCAGAAGGAUAACAAGCAGCAUAAAUUUCCUCUGAAGGCCUACUUUCCUCCUCAUCAUCAGCAUCUUGUAAUAGCCUUACUCAAACAUCCUUUUGAUUUGCCAACUACGCUCUGGUCUCAACACCUGAAAUACAUUACUGACAUGUUUAAAGCAAUAAUAGAAGAUAAAAGCAUUAGAUCUUACACUGACCUCUUUGAGAGCUGGUUUUUGUUUGUUCAUUUUGGAGAAUGGGCUGAUAUCGCUGUAGAGCAGUUGCUGAAGUCUGAAGAUGAAUCCGCAGAUACUUUUCUGUGGCUGCUGGCAUUUUACUACAAUCCACACAGUGAUAAAGAGCAGAGGACUCAAAUUCUGGUAGAAGCUCGAGCAGUGUAUGAUCGUCUGAUGAUGCUCUUCAGCUGUACAACCCUCUCCAUCACAGAUCUGCAGGCUGCAGCUAGCACUAAAACAGAUAAAGGGCAACCUUGCACCAAACACCUUGUCAGGCAUCUUCUGAUUAGUUUUUUGCUCUUUUCUUCUGGUGGACACAAGAUUGCCCAAGAGUUUAUUUCGCAUGUGAUACUGGCAAGCAAUACAACCAAUGAAGUUUUUGGCCUUCUUAUACGUACUGCCUACAGGUUUAACCAACUUGGAUUAAAAAACCAAAGGGCUGUGAAGCUGGUGAAUGAACUUCUUCAAGAACUAAGAUUUACGGAUUAGUUUUGUAUUGUUGUCCAGAUCAACCCAGAGACUAGACCAGCUGAUCAGAUUUUUUCUACGGUAAAGUGUGAAAGGGAAGUCAGUUUUUUUUAUUUAUAUUCCCCCUUCCCCAUGUAUGAAAAUAGAAAAUGUUUGGAAAUGUCAUUCUGUUAGAAUACAGCAGUAAUCUUUAAAGAUGGUUGAAAAUGUU